UUAAAUCGAGGAUUUGUCCACCAUUCUAGAGGACUCGAAGGUCAAUGGCGUUGCAGCCAAUGUUGCGGGGGGUGCAACCCACAGAGAACGUGACACGAUUAUCCUACCAGCGUUAUCUUCCUCAAAACCGCAAACGAAGUCGCCAGUGGCAGAGCCUAACAGCAAGCGCAUUAGCGUCACCUCUGUCACGUCUUCAUCUUCUGUACAUGCAUGCUUGACUUUCAGCGUCACUUCGCCUCUGCCUUCGCCGCCUGUCUCAUCCUCUCCUUUGGACCCUCCAUCUCCCCCUGAGACGCCGAAUGAAGGCAAAAGUCCCUCAGCAGCCCCUUCUCCCACCCUGACUCAGGUUCUCGCCGAGAGGACGGCUUCUCCUGCACCCGAAGAGAAACGUCUGAACGUCACGUAUCUCUUGCCAACGAAGAGCUCGCAGGCCAAGGUCGCCAUCAAGCCUCUGAACAUCAUCCAUAAGACUUUGCCUUCGUCGGCUGACCGUGAGAAACCGGGCGAAGGCGGCACCAAGGACGCGAAAAGCUCGCAUCGCAGGACAUCGACCGUGGGUCUCGGAAUCGCAGCUCCUAAUCUGGCAAAGGUAUCAGCGCGCUUGUCUCCGUCGCCCGGACGAGGCAGAAUUGAACCGGAAGAUACCUUCAACCCCUCGCUCAGCGGAUGGGAGAGACAUUAUCGUGCCCGCUCACCUCCGUCAGAAAGCCCUGCGAUGCCUGGUGCACUGCCCCCCACGCCCGCCCUCUAUCACUCCGCCUCUCGUAGCCCGAAACCUGCGGUUAGCCCAUCUCCAUGGUUCGCGAAUGCGAAGGUGUCCUCCACAGGCCGUCCUAGGAAGAGCGUCAGCGGACCAUCGACGCCCAAUCCAGACGAGUUUGGCGUGAACACCAGCAGCGAGAGGGAGGCCGCAUAUGCGAUCAAGGGUGCCUCUAGCGAGGAGGUAGAAGGGAUGCUUGUCUUCGAGGGCGGCACAAGCUCGGCACAGUCCAGCUCGGGUGGGAGCAAAGCGUCAUCGCAGUCCUCACGCGCUGGUGUUGCGAGUGCUAAGUUGACAAGUACAGACGGCUCCAACGAGUCAAAGAACAAAGGCAAGAGCAAGGCCGAGUGCUCGUGGGAGCUCGAUGACCUUAUGGCGAGCGAUGGCAAGCUCGACCUCGAUGCCGUCACUGCCGCACUCGGUCUCUCUGCACGGCUCUCGCGCGGCAGCUCCAUGUAUGCGUCCGGUGAAGGCGACGAAGACGAUUUCAGCAUCGAAGCGCGCUCUGUGCCCUCCGCCGACGAAGAUGGUGACGAGGUUGCAGGCGACAAAAAAGGUACCGAAAAACAAGAGAAGGAGACGAGCGUCGAUAGCCUCGUGCGGCAGCAUGGCAGCCAGCUGUAUCCGAUUAUCGAAGAGGACUGUGUGUCGGAAAGCGCGAUCGGGGACGACAUCGACGGUCUCCCCACCUCGCGUACACAUUCCAUCGUUCAGGAAGGCUUACCCUGCAUCGCAACGGACGCCCCAAGCAGGCCCAUCUCCUAUGUUAUCGUUGGCUCGCGGCCCUCUGCCUCUGCAAGCUCGGCCGCCGCGCGCAACCUCGACAGGCUCGCCGUCCCCACGCUAGCGGACCUGCAGAAACUGAACAUCCCCUUUUUGGCGCUCCCGCAGGCCUCGAGCACCGCGCGCAACAGUGCCGCGAGCGUCAGCACGGCGGACCUCCGCGGGAGCAUCAACGAGAGCGUGCUCGACUUCGACCUCGGCCAGCUGAACCUGAACGUGCCCGACUUCGAUCUCUCAGGCGUCUCUGGGUUCGAGGGUAUCGACGGCGUGAGUCUGUUCGGCCUCGGGGACGAGCUGAGCAAAUUCCAGCUGCCGGUGUCGAGGGGGGAGAAGAGCAGUCCGAAAGACGAAAGCCUCGCUUCUAGCGGCGUUGGCGUCGCCUUAUGAGUUUAUGUUCGUGAUACGUUUUGGACUUGAACUCGUCUCCUGGUGAUACCUGUUCCAAUUGUACGACUUACUGUACGUUUAGCUUAGUGUAGACCGUCUCGUGUUUGACAUAGAUUAUGUAUCAUAGUUCCUCUGUAUAUCAAGUCGAGAGUAUAAUUCCUACCACUACAUACAGUAGUCACCCGUAAUGUACAGAUCCAAGAAAUACAAUCUGUUGUAAUGUCCAUCGUACAAUUACGCAAGUACUCGACUGAAACAUACAAAAGGUUGCUUGGGUCAUGGCCUACCAAAGUACGCCGUGAUCUUCGACCGAUCUGCCUUUGUUGACGACUUGGCGGACUUCUUUGCUGGUGAGAAUUUCGCAGAAUCUUUCCUCUUUGGCUACACGGGUACUCAGAUU